GUUAAACCCCAAAUGCUGCUGCUUCUGAACCCACACACAAACGCUUUUCACUUUCAGCAAGCGCCACCAUCCUCCGCCACUCACCGCCGCCGCCGAUUCUGUAUUUGACCUCCGAAACCCUAGAAGCUUGACAUCGUAGAUAGAUUCUUCUAGAAGAAAAUGUGGAGAAGACUCUCUUCUCAGCUCCGAGCUCUAACUCCAUCCCUAUCUCCUCCGAAAUGCAACCUUUUCGUAACAAGUUCUGUUUCAUCUUCGUCUCUGACGUCGGAGAUUUUUCGUCCAUCCGUGGCUCUGUAUAAUCGACAUUUUAGCUCUGAAUUUGGCAAUGCUUCUAAGGAGAAUGAAGUCAAGCAUGGAAACUUACUCGAAACUAGAUUGAACGUGUCUGUUCACUCUGAGAAUAACAGACAUGCUUCACUAACAUCGCCUUACAAGGGUUAUAGAUCAUGUUUAUCGCAAUACAAUGCCAUGGUCCCAAGUUUCCCUAGAAGAUUCAUUACAACAGGUGCUACUUCAGUUGACAUGGUUUCUGAAGAUGCUUCUGCUUUGGCAACUCCACGUAUCAAAUUUAAGAGGCUUGAUAAAACAGCAAAACAUAUAAUGCAGAUUCUUGAUAAGGAAGCUGUUGAAGAAGUAAGGGCACAGAGUGAGAUUCCUGAUAUAAAGCCUGGUUAUAUUAUCCAGCUCAAAUUGGAAGUGCCAGAGAACAAGAGACGUGUUUCAACUAUCAAAGGCAUAGUGAUAGCAAGGCGCAAUGCGGGUUUAAAUACUACAUUCAGAUUAAGAAGACUUGUGGCUGGAGUUGGGGUUGAAAACCUAUUUCAUCUGUACUCUCCCAACCUAAAGGAGAUAAAGGUGUUGGACAAGAAAAGAGUGAGGAGGGCCAAGCUAUACUAUCUCAGGGACAAAAUGAAUGCCCUGAAAAAACACUAACAAGCUAGCUCAUGUGGAAGGGUCGAGCCUAUCAUCUCAAAGUUGUUUCGCCAAUGUAAAAGACUGCAGCAGAAAAGAAUCUUAUUGUUCCAAUUCUGGGUCACAGGUUUUACUUAUCUCUAUUGAUCAACAUGUAUCAGCAACAUACUUUUCCUUCGAGCAGGUAACUUUUACUAUGUCGCAAGCAGAUCUUGCCAUAGAAUUAGCAUAUCUUUUUGUUAGAUUCUACGACUCUCAAAAACCGAGAGUGGUUUAAAAAAAAGAUGUUUUGUUGACUACAUCAGAACUGAAUGAAAAGCUAUACGAUCUUUACUAAGUUUUAGCAAUUUCUGUUGAGCUGCACUUGUGGUCUCUGUGACUUUACCUGAAGAGAUUCAAAUAAAGCAUAUUUCUCUUUA